AACAGAAGCAUGAAUAUGGCUGUGGCCAAGCCUGAAGCAAAGACAAGUAACAAGGCUUCCCAAAGGACCACAGCCCCUGGAUCCCCACGCAAGGGCCCACCCAAGGGCCCACCCAAGGGCCCACCCAAGCUUAAACAGAGGAACAUCCGCCAGUUCAAGAGCAAGCCUCCCAAGAAAGGUGUCAUUGGAGAGGAAGUCCCUGGAAUGGAAUGGCUUGGCAAUGACAUUACUGUAAUCUGCCCUUGGGAAGCAUACAAACAUCUAGAGCUGCAUGAACUAUCUCAGAAUGGUAUCAUCUGA